AUGGCGCCGACCCGGGAAGCAUCCUUCUCCGACGUCGGCGCACACUUUGCAGCGGGUAAGGCGGACCCCAUCGGGCACCUGAGCAGUCGACGCUCUCUGCACACGGGCAUACUCGUGUUUCUCCGUCCACCGCCUUGCCCCACGCGGACAACCGUGUCCAGGUCCCAUCGCUUUCGCAUUGUUCCAACCACUUGGGAGGCCGGAACCACAAAACAUGGCCUGAUCCUGCCGCAACCGAGCUGGCAAUCCGGCUUCUGCCCCUUCACCGCUGCAUUGUUCCGACGAUGGCCCUGUCGCCGUCCACUCCGCUCGGCGUCUGGCACGGCCUCUGCUGCGCUGGUUGGGUCGGGGUUGAGCUGGCCUGCUGUGCUCCCCGCACCGUCUCGUCGGUCUUUGGUUCGGCGGGUUGCUGCUUCGACGCGACUUCAAACUUCGAUUUCCCGAUCGAUCCGAUUUCGACCGUCGCUGCUGCCCGAGCUUGAGUCUGUGGUGCCUGCGUGGACUCGCAACUCCUCGAGCCUCGAUGCCCGCAUCAGCAAUCUCGCUGCAGUUUCAGUCGAGCCCAUCCCGCAUUCAUUGAGUACGAUGGGCGAGGCUAACGGAACCACAGGUGGCUUUGCGCCGUUCGCAGCCGUAGAGAUCCCCUUCUCCUCGAUUCCGGCCUCAGACACGCCCGAGUAUGCCGAGUUUCUCGCGCACUACCUCACCGCGGCGUUCAAGUUCGUUCGCGACACGCCUGGAUGGAAGAAGACCAAGUCCUUCAGCUCGGCCGCUGGAGGUAACGUGCAGUGCAAGGUGUUGCCCAGCCAGGUAUCCCAGAUCGCCAAGAAGGGCUGGCACCUGCGCGAGUCCCAGCACGGCGCAGAUUGCGGCUUGACGUUCGAUGACUGGCGCAAGUACAUCCGCUUCGAGCACACGUUGUUCGAAAAGCAGUACAUCGAAGACAUCACGCUCACCGACUGCGUCGCAAAGGUCAAACCGGACGAGGCCGAGAUCUGGCACAAUGCUUACAAAUUACCGAUCGUCACGGCGGAUAGAGACUUUGUCGAGAUGUUGUUGACCAUCGACCUGCCGGCGCACGCGGAGCCCUUCUCGGCGGAGCAUGAAGCAGCUACACUUGCAUGGAUCCGCGAUCCGCAGCGCGAGCUCACACCCUCUGCCGCUACCACCGAGCCGGCCUAUCGCUCAUUUGUUGUGCUCCAGUUCCCCGUCGAUCACCCCGAUGUGCCAGCAGACCCGCACAAGGUCCGAGCGGUAUACUCGUCGUUCGAAGCCGUGUCGGAAGCCCCGGCUCAAAGCGGCGACGGCAAGGUGGUCGACUGGAAGAUGGCGGUGCAGUCCGACACGCGCGGCCGCAUCCCGACCAUGAUGCAAGAAAUGGCUAUGCCGGGCGAGAUUGCCCACGACGUACCCGCAUUCAUCGAGUGGGCGGUCAGGUACAAGCAGCAGAACGCGCCCCAAGCGCAUUAG